GCGGUGAGUUCGGUGAGUUCGGUGAGUUCGGUGAGUUCGCGGUACCGGCGGAGUCCUGAAGUCUGACUCCUCGUCACUUCGUGUCCACGCUCACUAAAGCCGCCGUGUCGGUGUGGACCCGCUGACCCCGCAUGGACACGCACCGCUCGGCUCUCCGUGUGCUCUCGCUGGGCUGCUAGACCCGGCUCGUAGACCCGGCUCGUAGACCCGGUUCGUAGACCCGGCUGGUUCGGUUGGUUCCGCUCGCCUGUCGCCAUUGUUCCGGUACCAAGCUUCACUUUAACCUGAGCGCGCGCGGAGGAGCCGUUUAACUCACGCGCGUGCUCAGGUGUGUGUUUGUUUUGGACCCCGCUUCCUGCCGCAGGCUGACUCCGCCCACAGGAACAUGCCCAUCCGGCGCUUCGGGGGCCACAGGUCUCUGGUGUCCCACGCGCCGAAGCUUUCUUACGGAUACACGAAGAUGAACGUCUCGCGGAGCGGAUACCGAGUGUUCUCCGCCAACUCCAGCCCCGCGUGCACCGAGCUGGCCAAGAAGAUCACAGAGCGUCUCGGAGUGGAGCUGGGGAAGUCGGUGGUGUACCAGGAGUCAAAUAAAGAGACCAGAGUGGACGUGAAAGAGUCUGUCCGAGGACAAGACAUCUUCAUCAUUCAGACCAUUCCCAGAGAUGUCAACACGGCCAUCAUGGAGCUGCUGGUCAUGGCGUACGCCCUGAAGACGUCCUGUGCCAAGAACAUCAUCGGGGUCAUUCCAUACUUUCCUUACAGCAAGCAGUGCAAGAUGAGGAAGAGAGGCUCCAUCGUCUGCAAGCUGCUGGCAUCCAUGUUAGCUAAAGCCGGACUAACUCACAUCAUCACCAUGGACCUCCACCAAAAAGAGAUCCAGGGCUUCUUCAGCUUCCCGGUGGACAACCUGAGAGCUUCUCCCUUCCUCAUCCAGUACAUCCAGGAGGAGAUUCCAGACUACAGGAACGCCAUCAUUGUUGCAAAGUCUCCGUCAGCCGCCAAAAGAGCUCAGUCCUACGCCGAGAGGCUGCGACUUGGACUGGCAGUGAUGCACGGCGAGGCCCACCAGCUGGAGUCCAACGUGGCCGACGGCUGGCACUCUCCCCCGUCGUCCCGCACGACCACGGGACACACCGGCCUGGAGCUGCCAUGCAGCAGACAUCUGGCCCCUUUCCCUGGGAUAGAGCUCCCAAUGAUGAUGGCGAAGGAGAAGCCUCCCAUCACUGUUGUUGGAGAUGUAGGAGGAAGAAUCGCCAUCAUUGUCGAUGACAUCAUCGACGAUGUGGAGGACUUUGUUGCGACAGCAGAGAUCCUGAAGGAGCGAGGCGCCUACAAGAUCUACGUGAUGGCCACGCACGGGCUGCUGUCUGCAGACGCACCGAGGCUAAUAGAGGAGUCUGCGAUCGACGAGGUGGUGGUGACCAACACCGUCCCUCACGAGGUGCAGAAGCUGCAGUGUCCAAAGAUCAAGACUGUGGACGUCAGCAUGAUCCUGGCUGAGGCCAUCCGCCGCAUCCAUAACGGGGAGUCCAUGGCCUAUCUGUUCCGCAACAUCGCUGUGGAUGACUGAGGCAACACACACACACACACACACACACACACACACACACACACAUCUCACACACUCACGAUGACCAAGAACCAAGUUUACUGCGAGUGUGGAGUCGUUCCUGUUUGUUCCACCUGCAGCAGCACAGACUGCUCUGUCCUCUCAUGAAGCUCCUCAUCAUGUUCUCCAUCUGACUAAUAAAAUCCUUCUUGGGUGAAUAAA